AUGGCGUAUCCGACAUCCGAUGCGCACGACAGCGAACUAGACGAGGUCCUGUCCCAAGAUGAUAUCGAGGAGUUGUCUAGCGAGAGCUCUGAGGGCUCUCUUGCUGAAUUGCCCCCUGGGGGAACAACAGGGGCUUUGGCUCGGGGAGGUCCUCAUGACAACUACAGCAGGCUGUCAAGAGAGUCAGGGGACGCCGAUGACACUGACUCUGACGUGAAUAACCCAGGGUGCACAGAGGAAUGCCGGAUCAGAAUCAGAGAAAUGGAGCGACAAGUCGACAAAUUGAACGAGGAUCUUGCCAAACUACAGGACGCCCAUGACCGCUGCACAGUACGAAUCAACCAGCUAACCGCGGAGAAGGCCGACCUGGCCAGGGAAAACGAAAAACUGCAAAGGCAGCGUUUGGCCGCUGGUAAUCGAAAUCGAAACCGAAAUCAACGCAAGACGUGGCAAGACAAGCUUGACUCCUUUCUUUGCGGCGUGCCAGACGAAGAAUGCUCGGUAUAUCAAGCCAUCUACAAGCUCUCCUGCAAGGAGGAGAACAUGAGUAGCAAGCUGCACAAUAUUCACCCGAACCUCCAGUUGCGGGAACCAACACAGGAUGAGAUGCUGUCAUUGCUUCUGCUGGGAGCACCAGGCCCUCACACAUCCCAUGCAGUGGAUAGUGGCAUUUGUUUGAGAGAUGUCUUGGAAGCUGCUAUUAGCGCGGCCCCUGAAGACAGAGAACACGCCGGCAAUGGACUCGUUGCAGUCGCCCCCUUAGGGCCAGAGGCUCAUAUCAUUCGGCGGGUUUCCGAGUUCCCAGGCCGUCUGAUCCAUUGCCUUUCGCGGUUGGACCCCCUGUUCGAACCCGUAGAGCAUGCCAACGCAGCCCAUAAGCUGCUGCAUCGCUUCCACAUUUCCAACUCACCUUGCAGUCUGACAUUUGCAACGAAGCCCGACAGGCUUCUCGCUCCUCUUGCCACCUGCAAGAAGUUCUUGUUGCUGGGAAUUCACGCCUUUUACGGUUUGAACACAUUCGCCUUCUCGAGCAUUGGGGAGUUUGGUCGAUUUUGCAAUGGCAUUGGUCAGGCCAGAUUACAGAGGAUACAGCACGUCGAGUUGCUCUGGGUCGGUAGCCAGUUUCUCUGCUUCCAAGGACAGCGCAAGAAUCCGAACAGCCCCUUGCGAUACGUCUCAAAGCGUGCUUGGGAUCUUCGCCACCUGGGUGAAAUGCCGAGCCUCAAGUAUCUCGUCGUCCAUAUAAACGAAACUGGGACUGAUUAUAUGCGACGAUCUCACGAACCAAAACGGUAUCUUGAAGACCAGGCGCAACUGACAAAGGGCCAGCCGAACGCCCGUAAGACACGCUCCAUGCGUUCAAUUCAGGGGAUUGACUAUAUCCUGCAGUUACGCGGCAUGUCCAAGGUGAUCUUCUACGACUUUGAGAAACAUCUCACGUUUGGCGGCCGACAUGUCAUCCGGGAUUAGGGAUUUCAGAUGGAUGUCGAGAACAACGUGACAAUGCCUAAGCGUGGGACAAGACCAGGGGAUAACGGUUUGCGCGAUCUGGUACUCCCCUACGGCAUUGUGACAGAGGAUUCCUGCUAUAACAUACUUGAGCAGUGGUACCGCAGAGAAGCGGAGCCGUCUGACCAGGACAACCUCGUUCUUGCCAACCCGGCGCAAGAGGCACAGGCGGAGGAGGGGGAUAAUGACGAGGGGAACGAAAAGGACGGAGCUAGUGACCGAAGCACAGAAUUGAAUGAUACAGAAAGCCAUUCGUUUUCCAGCUGCGGCUCUGGCUCUGCGUCCCAGUCAGACAACGACUCUGAUGGAGGGAAUCCUCCUAGUCAAUCGGGAGGACAUGGCAAAACGAGAGAAGCCGGGAUGGAAAGCCCAACCAGAUCCCACUCCACGAUCG